AUGUCUGCUAGUUUAAAUUCUGAUGCCAAAUCAGAGUUGCAUAGAAAUGUUGCUGAUUUUAAACCUAGUGUUUGGGGUGAUUAUUUCGUUCAAUAUGCUUCAGAAUCUAAGGAAUUUGAUCAAAAUAUUGUGGCACAAAUUGAAACACGAAAAAAUGAUGUUAGGAACAUACUUGUCUCAAAGAAUGAGAAGCCCUUGGCAAAAGUUCAGUUGAUUGAUUCAAUAACUCGAUUAGGUCUAAGCUAUUAUUUUGAAGAUGAGAUUGAAGAGGUUUUACAACAUGUUUACAAUGAUUAUGUUGAAAAUGGAGAAAUAACUAAUUUUGAAGACAACUUGUGCUCUCUUGCUGUGCUAUUUAGGUUGUUGAGGCAACAAGGACUUUACGUUUCACAAAAUGUAUUCAACAAAUUCAAGGAUGAGAAAGGAAAUUUUAGUGAAAGACUACUUAGUAGUGAUGUCGAAGGGAUGUUAAGUUUGUAUGAAGCCACACAUAUCAUGGUUCAUGGAGAGGACAUUUUGGAAGAGGCAUUGGCUUUCACUACCACUCACCUUGAAUCUAUUGUCAACCAAUUAAGCUAUUCUUAUGCAAUACAAGUUAAGCAUAGCUUAAGGCAGACUCUCCAUAAGAAUUUACCUAGACUUGAGGCACGAAACUACAUUUCCAUAUACGAGCACGAUCCUUCACAUGAUAAAAACUUACUAAUUUUGGCAAAACUAGAUUUCAACAUGCUCCAAAGCCUAUAUCAAAAGGAAUUUGGUAACCUUUGCAAAUGGUGGAAGGAGUUGGAUGUGCCUAAUAAAUUACCGUAUGCACGAGAUAGGAUAGUGGAAUGUUGCUUUUGGGGUUUGGGUGUAUAUUUUGAGCCCCAAUAUUCUCAAGCAAGAAAAAUGGUGACCAAAUUUUUCGUCAUUGCAACAUUAAUUGAUGAUACCUAUGAUGCAUAUGGAACUAUUGAUGAAUUAGAACUUUUUACUAUGGCAAUUGAAAGGUGGGAUAAUAGUUGUUUGGAUAGUCUUCCCGAUUAUAUGAAGUUUCUUUAUAGAACAAUAUUAGAUCUUUACGAAGAAAUUGAGGAGGAUAUGAAAAACGAAGGAAGAGUAUAUAUCUCAAACUACUACAAAAAAGAAUUCAUAAAAUACAUUCAAGGUAUGAUGACUGAAGCUAGAUGGUUAACUAAUAACUAUAAACCAACACCAGAAGAGUACAUUUGUGUUUCGAGGGAGGCAUCUGGUUAUGUACUGCUUAAUAUAACUUGUUACAUUGGUAUGGGAGACUCAGCAAUAGAGGACAUCUUCAAAUGGGUAUCAAAUUGGCCAAAAAUUGUAACUGCUGCAAAUGUCCUUUGCAGGAUAAAGGAUGACAUUGUGACCAGUGAGUUUGAACAGAAAAGAGGACAUAAUUCGUCAUUCGUAGAAUGCUAUAUGAGACAAUACGAAAUAUCUAGACAAGCUGCCAUUGAAGAAGGACAGAGGAGAAUUGUUGAUGCUUGGAAAGAUAUGAAUGAAGAAUGUCUUAGGCCAACUAAAGUUCCAAUGCCUUUUCUGACGCGUAUUCUAAACAUCUGUCGUGUUAUGGAAGUGAUUUACAAAGAUAAAGAUAACUUCACAAACACUGAAGGAGAAUUAAAGACAUUUAUUAAAGCUUUACUUGUUGAUCCAAUACAAAUUUGA